UUUGAGAACCCCCAAUCGACCAGACCGAUCGACCCACGAAAGGAAUUGAGCCCAGGAGCCACUCAGAGGUGUGGCCACACAGAGUUGGGCAAUCGGUCGGAGAUGGCCAUGAGAGCUUCCUCUGCUGCUGCUUCUACUUCCAGAGUCUCUUGCUCUCUCUCUAAACCACCCUCUCAGAGGCCACAGCUGUUGAGACCCAUCGCGGUGUCGUUGCCAACCUCGACCACACUCUCUCUGUUCGCCCUCUUCUCGCCUCCCCGUGAAGCCAGAGCUGUCAGCCUCCCCAAAGACCAGAUUGUCUCUUCUAUCACGGAGGUUGAGAAGACAAUUGACCGGGUUCAGGAAGCGAGCUCGGGAUUUUUGGACACUGCACAGAAUAUUUUCCAAAUUGUUGCAGAUGCUCUGAAACCGGGAGUAGAUUCCGCGGCUCCGUUGUUGCAGAAAGCUGGAGAGCAGGCGGUCAAGAUUGCUUCCCCAGCUCUUUCCGAGGCUUCAAAGAAAGCCCAAGAAGCAAUGCAGAGCUCAGGCAUUGAUGCACAGCCUGUCAUGAGUGCUGCAAAGACAGUGGCUGAUGCUGCACAAAAGACCACGAAGGUAAUUGAGGAGGCUAAGCCUAUUGCUUCAUCGGCUGUCGAGACUAUCUCAUCUGCUGACCCUACCGUGAUCGUUGGGACAGCGGGAGCUUUAUUUGUCGCGUAUCUUAUUGUCCCUCCAAUUUGGUCCGCCCUCUCUUUUAGCUUCCGUGGUUAUCAAGGUAAACUGACUUCUGCUCAAACUCUUGACUUAAUUUCCACGAAGAGUCAUAUCUUGAUUGAUAUUCGGUCAGAGAAGGACAAGGAUAGGGCUGGUGUUCCUCGUCUUCCCUCGAGUGCUAAAAACAGGAUGAUCGCAAUACCCUUGGAAGAACUGCCCAACAAAUUGAGAGGCCUAGUCAGAAACGUGAAGAAAGUGGAAGCUGAAAUUGCAGCACUGAAAAUUUCAUACCUCAAGAAGAUCAACAAAGGCUCCAACAUUGUGAUCUUGGACUCGUACUCGGAUUCGGCGAAAAUAGUUGCCAGAACGCUCACGAGUCUUGGCUUCAAGAACUGCUGGAUUGUAGCAGAUGGCUUCUCAGGAAGAAACGGAUGGUUACAGAGUCGGUUAGGGACAGAUUCAUAUAACUUCUCAUUCGCUGAGGUUCUUUCGCCGACACGGGUUAUCCCGGCCUCUGUGAGACAGUUUGGCUCUUCAAGUGGAAAGUUACUUCCCGGUUCUAAAUAGCUCCUCUCCUUUGUCCUCCCCCCAUUUUGCCAGAGAAUGCCCAACCUGUGAAGUCUCAGUUCAGUGUAGUGUAGUGUAGUGUCCUCAAACCAUCUGUGUCUGGUGCAAUUCUUUGAUUUAUGUCAAUUAGUUGAUUCCUCUC